AUGUUGCUUGGUCACGUCUCCGUCGCCUUCGUCGGGCUUUUACCUCUUUCCUAUGCCUUCAACCUAUGGCCUUUGGUCGAUGCUGAAGGGCUGUCUAAUGUUCUCCAGAUUCCCACUGGCUGUCUUACUGCCUUGAACGCCACCGUGACAUGCGAUCAGGACUUGUUCCAGCGCACCGUCAACGUAGAUGGUCUCUGGUGGACGCAAGAGGAUGUCAGCACACUUUGCACUUCUUCAUGUCUGAACUCUGCGCAAAAUUGGAAGGAUAAUGUAGACGAAGUGUGCGUCGGCGAGUUUAUGGUUCAGGGUGAUCGAAUGGUUGAGGUUGAAACACUCGCAGCGCGGUUCGUCGAAGGCCUUGGGCUUUCAUGCCUUCGCUCAUCGUCAGGGCAGUGGUGCUUUGUUGAGCAGCAAGAGUGGACGGGCUCAGACAUCAUCACACCUGACUGCGCUGCUAAUCCUUCAGAUCCCUGGUGUGCCAACCCAGCGAAUGUGAGCGCCGAGAACCAGCGUAUGGCUAGCCUGUACGAUGACGAGUUGCUCUGCUCUGAGUGCUUUCUCAACCUCAUGUAUAAGCGGGUAACGUCCGACUUUCUCGCUGACACUGACCAUUCGGAUUACCUCGUGAACGAGUUUCAAGAUAUCCAAGACAUAUGCCAGACGACUGUCGGAGAGCUGGCUACGAGAGUGCCGCCUCAGUACCCAUCAGCAACAAAUGGCAUCGGUUGGGAGCCUACCGAGCCUGGCAGUCCAAGCACAACACAAGCUACGGCUACUGCCACCGCCACCGCCGUACCGAAUCCGGAUCCCGACUGUGAGCUGGGUCAAUGGGUUGACAUCUUCGCUACGCGUGAAUCAACGCUCGCUGAGACUGAUUUGGAGAGGUGCAAUGAGCUAGCUGAGCUGCAUGGCAUCGCUACCGGCGACUUGAUGGUGACUACGCGUAGUUCAUCCUGCACCGUGGAGCCAGAAGGCCCAUUGGACGAUGAGGACUCGGAUGAAGGCUGGUUCUGCGGAUCACCCGCGUGUCAGCUUCUUCGGGUAAAUGAAGGGGACACUUGUGACUCCAUUGCAGCGGCAGUUUCCAAUGAUACAAAUCCCAUCACUGCCGUACGGCUCGCCACCUGGAACCCAAACGUCCUUGGGGCAUGUGACUUCCUGGUCCCAAACCAGUAUGUCUGCAUCACUCGUCGCGGUGGCUCGUGGGUAGGUCCUCCGGAGUCGGAAAUUCCCGACGAUGGCGAAGGGCCGGUUCGUGGGGGACCGGGAAGCACUCCCAGUCUCCCCAUUCUGGAAAACCCAACCUCGCCACCCGCAAAUGUGCAAGAAGGCAUCGCGCCUGGCUGCAACCGCUACGUCCAGGCCAACAGCACGAUUGCCUCGUGCUGGAAGAUCGCCAAUGAUGGCGGUAUCUCGCAAGCGCGCCUGUUCGAGCUCAACCCCGUUCUCGGCGAGUCGGGCGAGCGCUGCGAUACGCAAGUGUGGCUUGGCUACUACUACUGCGUCCGCACCACCGGCGAAGGACCGACCACAACGGCCCCGCCGGCGACGACGUCGGUGCCCACUUCGGAGCCGACGGCCGUUCCCACGCCGUCGCCAAUCCACGAAGGCACAACGCCCAACUGCAAUAAAUGGGCUGAGGCUCAAGACGGCGAUUAUUGCUGGAAGAUGGCCAACGACGCCGGCAUCGAGCUCAGCUCCUUCUACGAGUGGAACACGGUGCUGGCCAACGGCGACAGCUGCGACAUGAUCUGGCCCGGGUACUUCUACUGUAUCGGGGUGAGAUCAGAUCCACCAACUACUACCACACAAGCGCCCCCCACGAGUACUACGGCGACGGCGCCGAAACCUUCGCAGACGCAGGCGGGGAUUCCGGCAAGCUGCAAUAAAUUUGCUCAGGCCCUAUCCGGCGCCUCGUGUUGGCAGCUGGCCACCGAUAGCGGCAUUACGUUGGAGCAGUUUUGCAGCUGGAAUCCUGUUGUUGGGUCGGCGGGCGAGAACUGUGGGGCCCAGAUCUGGCCUGAGUAUUAUUACUGCGUCGGAGUCAGCGGGUGA